AUGGAUGAAUUUCCCCCCCCUGUUUUAUCUCUCGAUCUUGCAAUACCCUUUGAUGACAAUACAAAGACUGGAGACUCAGAAUCUGUACAUCAGAUUUUGGAACGUCCUUGGGAGUCUGAGGAUGACGUGAUGGGUAGGUUAGAAGAAUUUCGCCCGCGGAUCACAUCGAGGUUGAGGGAAUCAAUGAACUCAAUGGACUUGAAAAACAAGACCAUUGAGCUUGCAGAUGGAACAGUGGUAGAGUUGGCUGCCUGGCUCAUGCAAAACCCAAUCACGGAUGCUCAUUCAGUUCGUGAUGGCUCUUACACACAAGAAUCACUUAACUUCAGGACUGAAGACAACCACAGCCUUGCCAAACUUGAAAUUCCACUUGAAUUUCCCGUCUCAAGAAGAUCACCGCGGCUUCCACCCUCGGACCUCCCACUAGAGGCAUUGUGUACAGAUGACGAUUUUGAGACCAUAUACUCACCAAGCACGGGUUGGACUGGCCCUCCCGCGCCAGCGGACGGUUCAACAGACAACACCGAUCACACAAUGUUUGAAGCAAAGAAACCAGAGAAUUCGGCGUCACUACUACCCUCCCCUCCGCCAGUGAUGAUCUCCGAUUCACUCCCAAUAAUGCCAGCACCGCCAUCGUUCCUCCCUCCUAGCCCAAGGCCCACAGAUCGGAGACUUGAUUUAGUGGACGAGCAUGUUGUAAAUGCAACAAAGGAGCUGCGUGCACCAACCUCAACGACCACAACUACAAUGACCACUCUACGGCCGCCAUCCACGGCCCUUCCCAAAAGCCCAAGGCAGAGGAAGCGGAGCUUGAGUACAUCCGACCAGGAGGAUGAUGGCACACUUGGGACACAGGGCAGGAAUGUCCGCCCCAGAUCCAAGCAGCCCAAAUGGUAA